AUGGAUAAUCAAACAAAACAAACUGUAUCACAAAUACCAUUAUUAACUACAAAAGCAGGGCCUAGAGAUGGAGACAAGUGGAUAGAAAGAAUGAAAGAAGAGUAUACUUCUCUUAUUAAGUAUGUCGAAAUAAAUAAAAAAUCAGAUAAUGAUUGGUUUAAUAUAGAGUCUAAUCAAAUGGGUACAAGAUGGCAGGGUAAAUGUUGGUAUAUAUAUAAUUUUAAGAAAUAUGAAUUUGAUUUCGAAUUUGAUAUGCCAAUUACAUAUCCAGAAACAGCACCAGAAAUUGCAAUCCCAGAAUUAGAAAAUAAAACAGAAAAGAUGUAUAGAGGUGGUAAAAUUUGUUUAACAGUUCACUUUAAGCCAUUGUGGGCAAGAAAUGUACCACACUUUGGUAUUGCACAUGCUUUGGCUCUUGGAUUAGCUCCUUGGUUAGCAGCCGAAGUUCCUCAUUUGGUAGAAAAUAAUAUGAUCAAAGAUAAAUAA